AUGUCUUCUCUCACGAACCGGCCACCAAUGCUUCAUUUCAAAGUCUCCGAGGCACAGAAUACUCUCGGAUACCUACUACAUGAGGGUAUCUCCAUGGCUACAGUGAGCGUACCGUUACUCGGCCGCGACUGUGCAAGGCAGGAGGAGGUACGUACCGCCUUCCAGCAGUGGGGAAAAAGGAGCCGCCGCCGCGCACCGGCAGCGCACCCUCCUUUUCUGAGGCUUCUCCUCAUUUUCUCAACUCAUCCUCCAUUCAACUUUCCUUGGCGAAAUGCAAGCACAACGCUUGGCAGACUUUCACCUACCGGUGAUCACCUCACACCUCGCCUCUACACCACCACCCUCUUCAUACGAACAGAGAGUGCCGUGUCUCAGGGUCCUGGCAAACUGGGUUGCGAGGAGGAACGUUUGACACAUGCAAGCUCCGCUGGUUUACCCAACGCCGACGUUCCCGUGGAGCGUUUAUCUCGAUCCCAGACCCAAUCAUCGCUUGCUCACUCAAUCGUUUGCCAUCAAAGCACGGGUCAAGCCAAUGACAAGAGAGCAUGUGCCUCGAAUUUCAAAACCUCGAAUUUUGGAACCUCGAGCUUCCUGGACGUUGAGGUCCGGGACGAUGCCCUUGCGUGUGGCGUUCGCCUUCAAUAUGGCCCCUACAGACGUGGCAUUUGCGCAUCACGUAGCCAUAUGAUUUCGCAUCAAGCCAAGGAACAUCGUUGA